AUGCCAGUAGUCAAGGAUCUCAUGAAACUAUUUUGUGAGAAGUACAAGAAACAAGCCAAGAGUGAACACUGGCAAAUUCAACUUAUUGAACAGAAACUCGAUGAACAUAUUGCCAUUACUGUCAUUCAAGACACCAUUCACACUUGGUACCAAUUCAGAAAUUGGGUCUGGUUCAGAUUAUUCCAAAAGGUCCGACCAACACUUAAGAGAAGAAGAGUCGAUGAGUCUGAUAAUCAAAGACUUCAAGAUGAAAUUACUGAACACAGAGCCACUAUUGCUAAGAAGGACAGUGUUAUCACCGAGUUGAACAAAAACAUUGAAGAUAAGGAAGGCAAAAUUUCUGACUUGAAAAAGAAGCAUGAAGCUAAAGAAGACAAUUCAAAGGAUCUUGAGACACAAUUGCACGAGAAGGAAGACAAUAUUGCCGAUUUGGAGAAACAAGUCAAGAUGUUGCAAAACACCAUUUCUGAUGUCAACGCAUAG